GAUGAGAAGAUUGAGUACAUGAAGGAUGUUGAGAGAGCGCUGCAGAACAGGAACGUCAGGACAUAUAUGGUCAAAGCGGGUUGCGGUGAAACUUAUGGAGAUAAGACGGCAACGGGCCUCUACGACGCGAAGGCCAUGGUCGCAUUCUGUACGUCCACAUAUGGCGAGAAGACGGGUCGUGGAUGGGAAACCUACAGAGAACUGCAAUACGUGCAUCAGCACCCAGAGGUACAUCUGAUCCCUGUUAGGCUUCACCCUACAUACCCACCAAGACCGCCGGAUAAAGACGGCAGAGCUUUGUGUGACGUGGCUUUUCAUGGGUCAUUAAUUCCUAUAAAUGGAUUGAGAAGGGGCGACUGUGAAUUCAGGCCCGCUAAAGAAGUUGCGGAAGAGAUCAUCGCCAGCCUGAAAAGGCUAGGGAUCCGAGAAGACGUGAGACUGAAUCUGCCAAGCAGAUAG